AUGAGCCAGGGUGUUCAGAAAAUCACAAUUUCCGUCUCAAGUGAUGACGAAAUUCUGGGAAUCGUUAAAAGCAAGGGAAUCUGCGACGAGUCGGCAACUCUGAGAUGGAUUCCCGUGAACAUAGGGGACCCAACAGAGCCAUCUUCCGAGACAGCUGCGGUCAUAGUCGAUCUUACUACUAGUAGAGGCGCACUCCGUAUCUACGAUAAAUCAACAGACUCGCUGAUUGGAGGUGUAUUCAUGGAUGUGGAUUCUGGUCGGACGAUGGUUCCAUGGAGCAACUCAUGGUGUUUCAGAGCAUCGGGCUCUCCACGACUCGCAUACAUUGAGAUGGGAAAGAAAUAA